AUGCAAGUGUCCAUUGCAUGCACAGAGCACAACCUGAAGAGUCGCAACAGUGAAGACCGCCUCUGUGUGCGAUCGCCCAAUCAGAAUGCUGGUAUGGGCCAAGGGGGCAAGCACCGUCUGCUCAGCUCACGGCCUUAUACGGCGGGCCAUGCCCACAUGAAGGAAGCAAUCGGUCGCCAUAGCAGCAUGAAGUACAGGAACUUGGGGAAGUCCGGGUUGAGAGUAUCCUGUUUGGGCUUAGGUACAUGGGUGACCUUUGGUUCUCAGAUAUCUGAUGAGAUGGCUGAGAACCUUGUGAUUACUGCCUAUGAAAACGGUGUGAACCUGUUUGAUACUGCAGAGGUGUAUGCAUCUGGAAGAGCGGAGAUCACGCUAGGAAAUAUCAUUAAGAAGAAAGGAUGGAGGCGUUCGAGUUUUGUAGUGACAACAAAAAUUUACUGGGGAGGACAAGCAGAAACCGAGAGGGGUCUGUCCAGGAAGCACAUUAUUGAAGGUUUGCGCGGCUCUCUUUCCCGACUACAGCUUGAUUAUGUGGACAUCGUCUUUGCCAAUCGUACUGAUGUCAACACCCCAAUGGAGGAGGUGGUUAGGGCAAUGACAUUUGUGAUAAAUCAGGGAAUGGCCAUGUACUGGGGAACAUCGAGAUGGAGCGCCAUGGAAAUAAUGGAGGCCUACUCUGUGGCGAGGCAGUUUAAUCUCAUCCCUCCAGUGUGCGAGCAGGCAGAGUAUCACUACUUUCAGAGGGACAAGGUUGAGGUGCAGCUCCCUGAGCUAUACCAUAAGAUAGGUAUAGGAGCCAUGACCUGGUCCCCAUUGGCCUGUGGUCUCAUCACAGGGAAGUACAGUGAUGGAAUCCCAGCUGGUUCUAGAGCAGCAAUAAAGGGUUAUCAGUGGUUGAAGGAUAAACUCCAGGGUGAGGAAGGGAGAAGGCAGAUGGCCAAAGUGAAAGAGCUCCACCUCCUGGCUGACAAGCUAGGGUGUACCCCUGCUCAACUGGCUAUAGCCUGGUGCCUCAGAAGUGAAGGAGUGAGUUGUGUGUUACUGGGUGUCUCAAACACAGAACAGCUUCUGGAGAAUCUGGGUGCUAUACGGGUGCUAUCUCUCAUGACUCCCCAGAUGGUGUACGAGAUCGACUCACUCCUGGGGAACCGUCCACACUCGAAGAAAGAAGCACGUGCCUAAUUGAGGAACAGAGAGAGGGAGAGAGAAAGGGAGAUGGAGGGAGAGAUAGACAGCGGCAGUAACGAAAUCUCCCCUAUCGUUUCUAACCAAGCUGCACGACCUUAUUGUCAAGCUCCCAACAUUAGUG